AUGGUUGAGCACGGAGGCCUCGAUCUUAUGUGUUUAAAUAAGUCCUACAGUCACAGUUCCACUACCUCGUCCUCCAGCUCAGAGCGAGAAAAGAGAAUAUUCACCAAGUUGAAAGUCAGUUUGACUGAGGACUAUCCGCAGAAGAACGCGGAGAUCCUGAGCGGCCAGUAUGGGACUAAUUUACUGUUGAUCGGCGUGUCGCUGAUGCUGGCUAUUGCGCACCAUGGUGCAUCAGUGAAGGAAGAGCACCUGCUGUCGUUUAUCACGACCCUCAUGAUCCUCCAGCUGAUAUGGAUGAUAUGGUACAUCGUGAGCAGAGACAGGCAGAGUAACUUACUGCCAGAAAAGGAUGUGCAUGCCACUACCUGUUGGAUAAGAGGUGGGUUAACUCUUCUUGCGCUCCUCUCGUUGAUCAUGGAUGCCUUCCGAAUUGGUUAUUUUGUGGGCUAUCGAUCAUGCGUGUCGGCUGUUCUAGGGGUAUACCCUAUCAUCCACGCAACUCACACGAUAGCACAGGUGCAUUUCCUUUGGUUUCACAUCAAGGACGUCAUCAAGACCUUCGAGACCUUUGAAAGAUUUGGCGUCAUCCAUGCAGUCUUCACCAACCUGCUACUGUGGUGCAACGGUGUGAUGUCUGAGGCUGAGCACUUCCUAAACAACCACAAGAGAAGGCUCUCUUCCCUGGGCUAUGUAAACCUCACCAUAGUGGAUAUGGAGCCUCACUGUAAUUGCACUACCAGCGCCUGCUCCAUGUUCUCCAACAGCCUCUACUACCUAUACCCCUUCAACAUAGAGUACCACAUCUUUGUCUCUGCAAUGCUCUUCGUCAUGUGGAAGAACAUAGGGCGCAGCAUUGACCUCCAGUACAACCGGAAAAGGCCGGCUACCAGGACCCAGGGGCUGGUGGUCGGCCCCAUCCUGGGUCUUGUCGCCCUGGCCAGCACCAUCGGCGUGCUGGUGGUCUACAUCAUCCAUGUGGAAGAGUCGAUGGACACCCGGGAGUCGGCCAUCGCAAUGUUCUACUGCUACGGCAUCGUCAUGCUGGUGUUCAUGUGCUCGGCCGGGGCCACGGGUCUGCUCAUAUACCGUGCCGACCCUAUGCCCAUGGACACCACCAAGAACCCCUCGCGGACGCUGGACACAGAGAUCCUAUUCGGAUCGUCGGUGGGCUCCUGGCUCAUGUCCUGGUGCAGCGUGGUGGCUGUGACAGCCUCAAGCAGCAGCCCGAGCUACCGCUGGACCAACCUGAUGUACUCGCUGCUCAUCGUCCUGGAGAAGUACAUCCAGAACCUGUUCAUCAUAGAGUCCCUCUACCGCCAGCGGGAGGACGGUGAGAGGGUGGACGCUGAGGCGGCGGGGCCUGUGCCGGAGAUCUUCUCUGUGACCUCCUCCUUGGCGCCGCCCUACAACGGCAUCAUCAACCGGGCGUACGAGAACCCAGACAAGGGCUGUGUCACGCUGGAGAACGAGCAGGUGGAGAACGGACAGGUUUACGGAACAUUCAGCCCACGGAAACAUUCGGCAGUGCCCCUGCACGUCGGGAACAACGUAGCGGAGACCCCGAGCAAGAAGAGGCAGAUUCUGAAGAACAUCGCUGUCUUCCUCUUCAUGUGCAACAUCUCACUCUGGAUCCUCCCCGCCUUCGGCUGCAGACCCCAGUAUGACAACGGCCUGGAGCAGGAGACGUUUGGCUUCACCAUAUGGACAACAGUUCUCAAUUUUGCCGUGCCCAUGAACCUCUUUUACCGCAUGCACUCUGUGGCCUCCCUCUUCGAAGUCUUCCGAAGGGUGUGA